CUGAUCUCACGAGCGAUGGUCGCUGUACAUUGCCGUUCGGCUGCUUUCAUGCCAGAAUUUUCUUUUUAAGAUUCCUCAUAAUUUGAUAGGUUCUUCAAAGAAUUAAAAACGGCAAGAUGCCGCCGAAAAAAGCACCUGCUCCUAGUAAGAAAACCGAACAGAAGAAGAAGGAGAAGGUUAUAGAGGAUAAAACAUUUGGAAUUAAGAACAAAAAGGGAGCCAAGCAACAGAAGUUUAUACAGCAGGUAGAAAAGCAGGUGAAAUCAGGUGGUCUCAAUCCUCGUAAAAUUGAUGAUCCUAAUGCAAAGAAACUUGAAAAAGAAAAGAAGCUGAAGGAGCAGAAAGAAUUGGCUCUUAUAUUUAAGCCUGUUCAAACACAAAAAAUUGAAAAAGGUACUGAUCCUAAGUCUGUGGUAUGUGCAUUUUUCAAGCAGGGUCAAUGCACCAAAGGAGACAAGUGCAAAUUUUCUCAUGACUUGAGUAUAGAGAGAAAGGCUGAGAAACGAUCUCUCUACUGUGAUAUGCGUGAUGACGAUAAAGAAGCUGAUACUAUGGAUAAGUGGGAUGAAGAUAAGCUCAAGGAGGUUGUCGAAAAGAAACAUGCUGCUGGUGGCAACAGGCCAACUACGGAUAUCAUCUGUAAACACUUUUUAGAAGCUGUAGAAAAGUCAAAGUAUGGUUGGUUUUGGGAAUGUCCAUCAGGACAAAAAUGUAUUUACAGACAUGCAUUGCCACCAGGAUUUGAGCUGAAAAAAGACAAGAAAAAGGAAGAUAAGAAGGACGAAAUAUCUCUUGAGGAUCUAAUUGAACGAGAGAGAGCCAAUCUUGGUCCUAAUCAAACCAAGAUAACGCUCGAGAGUUUCCUGGCGUGGAAGAAGAGGAAAUUGAAGGAGAAGAAAGAACAAGCCAUUAAGGAUGAAGAGAAGAAACGAAGUGAUUACAAAGCUGGUCGCCAGGUCGGAAUUUCUGGCCGAGAAAUGUUCUUCUUUAAUCCAGAACUUGCAACAGGAGAUGGAGUUGAUGACGAUGGUGAUGAAGCUAUUAUUUCGUACGUCCGAGAAGAAGAUGAGGAUAGUGAAGGUUUUGAAUAUCGCGAAUUGGAUAUGGAUAGACUUGCACUGGAGGCUGAAGAAGCAGAUACGUCAGGAAUAACUGUCGCCAAGGACGAUCGACUAAAGAGUCAAGCAACUCCUCAAACUAAUGGCGAAACCUCUGUAACCGUAGUAGGCGAAGGUGCAACUGCUUUAGCAAUCAACGAGAACCUCUUCACGGAAGACGACCUGGAGGGUCUUGAGGAAGAACUAGGGGACCUGGACUUAGAGGAGUGAUCCAGAGGUCCCGUUAAAGUUGCUCCUCUGAUUAUCUUAUUUUCCCUCUUCAUAUUCCUUUGCCGUAUACUGCCUAUAUUCUUAACGUAGCCAUACCCACGAAAGCGAAAAACUUGGAAUUCUGGUUUUGUUCAAAUGGUGCUGAACGCAAAUAACCUUAUUGAAACAUGAUUUUCAUAAUUAUGUUGAAUAUCCUUCUCUGGGUUUAACAUGAUACUAAAGUAGACAGAGAAAAAGAUAACAUCACAACUUAAAGUUCUGAAAUCUAUAGGGAUACAUAAGAAUGGGAAGAAUAAAGAAUAUGCAAUACAGUAUGUGGUGAAAAAAUAAUUAUCAGAUCAGAAUCUUAUGAUACUGAAUGAUUAUUGUAUUAUCCGUUUCUAACAAAUGUCCUAUCUGUAUCAGUUCCUUAACUACUUGUCUUUUAUAGAUAAACCUUUUAAUGGAAGACACUCCAAA